CAGAGUUUGUUGAUUGAUGAUGGGUUUCUUUAUUCGACAUGGAUGAUCAUCAUUGAUGAUUCUUUUUGUUUUUUUGAUUUUCGAACCAGAACGAUAGAAGUCUAUUUCUUACCAUUCUAUUUGGAGCUGCAAUACUCUUUUUCCCAUUAUUUUUCAUAAACUGGAAGAAAGUGUUCUUCAAUCUGUUCUUAAAGUCAAGUUCUGAAUUUGGAAGGUCAAAUGUUUAGCCCAAAAUAUCCCAGUUUCCGAUCUCUCUCUCUCUCUUUUCUUCCGAAUUUGCUGGUUUCGUGGAAUCUAGUUCUGAUUCUUAAUUCUGGAAUCUGAAUUCUCAUCCCUUUAGUGGUUGAUCGUUUUCGUCGGCUUCUCAGGUCUGAUUGAUUUGUUCGAAUCCGGGCCUUGACAAAAAGUUGCUUCUAACUUUUGAUGUCAAGUUUCUGAUUUUAUCAUUCAUUCCAAAGAUUCUUAUUCGUGGUGGAUUUUGGUCUAGUGAAAAAGUGUUUUGAGUGUACUCUCAUUGUAUUUGAUUGGAUCCCGUGGGUGAUUCAUUACCCUUUUGAUUAUUCGAGCUUCUUAAAAUGUACUAAUUUGAUGAACUAUAGUUCUUAAUUUCAUUAACCUUUUCUUCUCUCUGUUUGGCUGUUGAAGAACUCUGAAAUUCUGGAACUACAAUUCUUUAAUCCAUGCCAUCGUUGCUUUCAUUCAUUGCAGGUUGUGGAGAAUCAUGUUCCAUCUGAAACUGAAUUUUGUUAAGGUUGGUCGUAAUCCAGUAUGUUCGGUGUAAUGCAAUCAGUUGACGAGGACAGUAAGCAAAAAAAUUUGAAGCGUUCAAGGCCACUUUCAAACAACAUGACCGUCACUAACUCUAGUGUUGCUCAGAGUUUGGAUGACUCUUUCCUUUUCCCAGUUGAAGAGAUUGUACAAUAUCCAUUGCCAGGAUAUGUCGCACCCACUUCAUUAACUUUUAGUCCAGAUGAUAGUUUUGUCACUUACUUAUUUAGUCCUGAUUGUUCUUUGAAUAAGAAGGUUUUUGCUUUCGAUAUCAAAACUGGCAAACAGGAGUUGAUUUUUAGUCCUCCUGAUGGUGGACUGGAUGAAUGUAAUAUUUCUCCAGAAGAGAAACUGAGGAGAGAAAGAUUGAGGGAACGCGGUUUAGGAGUAACUCGGUAUGAAUGGGUGAAAACAAGCACCAAAAGGAAAGCAAUUAUGGUGCCUCUGCCUGCUGGGAUUUAUAUUCAGGAUUUUUUUGGCUCAACCCCAGAGCUUAAGCUUUCCAGUAAACCCUCUUCACCAAUCAUGGAUUCACAUCUCUCACCAGAUGGGUCCAUGCUUGCAUUUGUUAAAGAUGGGGAAUUACAUGUAAUGAAUCUAUCAUAUAAUGAAGUGAGACAGUUGACUGUUGGUGCUAACACAAACAUUUCGCAUGGACUUGCAGAAUAUAUAGCUGAGGAGGAAAUGGAUCGGAAAAAUGGGUACUGGUGGUCGUUAGACAGCAAGUAUAUUGCAUUUACACAAGUUGAUACUUCAAAGAUCCCUCCAUUUAGAAUCAUGCAUCAAGGUAAAAGCUCGGUUGGUUCAGAUGCACAAGAAGACCAUGCUUAUUCAUUUGCAGGAACUUCCAAUGCUGUAGUUCGACUCGGUGUUGUCUCUGUUUCUGGAGGCCCUAUUACUUGGAUGGAUCUUCUUUGUGGAGAAACAGGUGAGGAGGAAUAUCUGGCCCGAGUCUGUUGGAUGCACGAAAAUAUUCUCAUUGCUCAGAUUCUGAAUAGGUUACAUACCAAGCUCAAAAUACUCAGGUUUGAUAUUAAGACGGGGGAGAGAAAAGUUUUGCUGGUAGAAGAAGAAGAUUCAUGGAUUAACUUACAUGAUUGUUUCACACCACUAGACAAAAGUAUCAGCAAGUAUUCUGGGGGAUUUAUAUGGGCAAGUGAAAAAACUGGAUUUAGACAUCUUUAUCUGCAUGAUGGCCAUGGGACGUGCUUGGGGCCAAUCACUGAAGGCGACUGGAUGGUCGAACAGAUUGCUGGUGUAAAUGAGGCAACUGGGCUAGUUUAUUUUACUGGAACUCUUGAUGGGCCUCUUGAAUCUCAUCUUUACUGUGCCAAACUAACUACUGCCGGGAACACACCCUUGGAUCCACCAAUUAGACUGACUCAUGGCAAGGGAAAACAUGUCGUUGUACUCGAUCAUCGCAUGGGAAGUUUUGUCGACAUUCAUGAUUCACUUGAUUCGCCCCCGAGGGUGUUGCUCUGUUCCUUGAAAGAUGGAAGUGUCAUUUUGCCAAUUUAUGAGCAAACACUUGCGAUUCCAAGGAUUGAAAGGCUUCAUCUUGAGCCUCCAGAGAUGGUUGAGGUACAGGCCUGUGAUGGGACAUUGCUUUAUGGAGCUUUAUACAAGCCUAGUGAGGCGAUAUUUGGACCGCCACCGUACAAAACUAUGAUCAUUGUGUAUGGAGGUCCAAGUGUACAACUAGUCUCCAAUUCGUGGAUCAAUACGGUGGACAUGAGAGCUCAGUAUCUGCGUAGCAGAGGAAUCUUAGUGUGGAAGUUAGACAACCGAGGAACCGCUCGACGUGGACUGAAAUUUGAAGCUGCUCUGAAAUACAAUAUCGGCUAUAUCGAUGCAGACGAUCAAUUGGUUGGAGCAAAAUGGCUGAUCAGACAGGGUCUAGCAAGAGCUGGAGAGAUUGGUUUAUAUGGAUGGAGCUAUGGUGGCUUUCUGUCAGCAAUGAGCUUGGCUCGGUAUCCAGAUAUCUUUCGAUGUGCAGUAUCGGGUGCCCCUGUUACUUCUUGGGAUGGCUACGACACUUUCUAUACAGAAAAGUACAUGGGAUUACCGACUCGAGAUCCAGAAGUUUACAAGCGAAGCUCGGUGAUUUACCAUAUAGAGAAGAUGACUGGGAGUCUGCUGCUUGUUCAUGGGAUGAUUGAUGAGAACGUACACUUCAGGCAUACAGCAAGACUUGUGAAUGCACUCAUAUCUGCUAGAAAGAAGUAUGAGCUACUGAUAUUCCCGGACGAACGACACAUGCCUCGACAGCAUCAAGAUCGGAUCUACAUGGAAGAAAGAAUCUGGGAAUUCAUUCAGAGGAACUUGUGAGGUACGGUUGGUUAUUUUUGUUCAUAAUCUUUGUUAUUUGUUAGUGGUUUUGAAAUAAAUGAUGUUUAAUCCUAUGGAAUCCCCACAGUUUCUUCCUUUGUCAAAUAUUUUGUAAUAGUUUAGUUUAUUUCUUAGAUUUAGCCUCUAUUUUCUAAUACAUUUUUUUUUCCCUUUUCCUUUUCCUUUUGGUCCUUAAUCUUUUAUAUUAUUAUGGAUUUGGUUUUGUCCAA